UUAAAAAAAAUCCAUUUAGAACAGAGCGGGGCCCAGUAAGACGUACAGCUUUCAUUUUACCCAACAGACCACGGCCUAAUAUAAUCCCGUACGGCGUGUGAACGUGCGUUUCCGGAGCAAUGAUGUGUACACAUCAGGUCUGCCAGCCACAUAAAUCUCGGAUAUUUCGCGUGGUUUUCCACGGUGACGGUGAGGCUGAAGACAUUGAUGUGUUGUCUGCGGCCUCCUUAGUUGUUGGUGUGAAAUGAGGCGGUUCAGAUGCCGUCAGUCGGCCGGCGGGUUGGGCUGCGGACGUCCGGCUGCCUCCUGCCUGUGUCGCGGCCGUUCUAGAACGCCAGGGUUUACCAGCGGCGGCAGCUUCCAUUGUGAGGGCACAAACAGAUAUUUUCCCCAAGCUGCGGACGCAAGCAAAAAGAACAGAUGAUUCGGAUUACGAGAGGAAGCUGCGGCAUUUGGACAGAUUACGGCUCCCUCCCCGCACGCGCCGGGGUUUGGCGUGACUCUCCGCGAUCCAAUCGAUAGGGAUGGCCCACAACUGCUCGUGUAAUGAGGUUGUGUACUAGGGGAGGGGACAUCAAUUAUAAUUCCGCCAUGACAACCUCGUCUGCACGUUUCAGAGGUUGCCUGAGUUUGUUCCGGCGCUCGUUUGCACUGCAUUCCAUGGCUCUAGCGCAGGUCAUCGGCAAUGCUUCAGCGGGGGAGACCUGUGUCAUCCCAGCGACUGGGAAGAACGGUACGGCGAGGACUUUUGUCUGCCCGGAACCACUCGAUAGCGAGAAGGACACUUACUGCUGCGGGUUCUCUCCCAAUUACUUCUGCUGCUCUAAGCCGUUCGACACUUUCGCAGUUGUGAUGGGAGGACUUCUCACCAGUAUUCUGUUCUUGGCCGUCAGCUAUGCCAUCAUCGCGUACAUCAACAACUUCGUCAGGAGGCGGCGUGCCCGCAGAAUCCAACACGGCAUGGCGCCCUGCCGGCCCGACUCGGAGAUUUUCCAGUUCGCGGAGGGACUCUCGGCAGAGGAGCGGGAGAAGGCGAUUCUGGCCAGGGUUACGGGAGACGAUAGCCCCAGUCAGGAUCAGCGGGAGUCGCCGCCGCCUUCGCCGCAGCACAGGUUGAUCCUACCGGCAGCGGAGUGCAGGAAGAACUCGUCCUCCACGUUUAACGACGAGGAAGAAGCGGGUCUGCACUACAGGGAAGACCUGGAGGAUCACAGGGUGGAACUGGACGAGGAUAUGUUCAUGACGGACGUGCGCACGCGAAGGAGUGCCGAGGGGAGGCCGAAAGGUGCCGCAUCCCGUCUGGAGGACCACGCUGCUGUAGUGAUCUUGCCGAGCGACAACCAGGGUAGGACUACCACUACUGCCAUCGCCUAAACCAGCAGGAAACUAAAAACAUCACACGGGAACAUUUCCUAGGACUUUUGUCUUCCGGGAUGCAUAAUAUUUAUGCACAGUAAAAUAUGUGUGGCAGCAAAUACGUUGACUACCAGGUGCUCAUCCGUACGUACACAAAAAAGGUAUUUGGCAAGAUCGUUUUCAGCUUCCAGUACAGUAUCAAUGGCGUUCAUUACUUUUUGAUUUAAAUCAUGUAUGUUGCAUAACGUUUUCACGAUACUACCGGGGGCAUGAGGUUGCUAUGUGAAUGUUCAGCUCAUCAGAAAGAGGAUUUCGAGAUUACCGUUACCCGUUUUAAAUCACUUUGCCGGCAUUAACCGAAGGAAUGCUCUUAGUGCUCUGUUUUACUGGCCCCAGCUUACACUGUGGUGCAUGGGGCAAGCAAGAGGGUGUGUGUACCACACGCAAGUUUCUAUCCCCGUCAAAACAUUGUAAAAACAUUUUUCUCUUCAGGAAAGACUCCAAAAUUUGUUUGAAAUGUGAAAUUAGACAGCAGAUGCCGUACUAAUAUUAGGCCAGACGUUCCGAGCGACAUUGGCCCCAGUAAUGCUAUUACUUACAUGCCUGAUUCAGUUGGUAAACAGAUUUCAAAUGGAAAAGAGGUCUCUGUGGAUCGUGUCUAAUGAAUGGCACCGUAGGGCAGAAGUUCUCAUCUAUCUGCACACCAUUGGGUUCACCCUAGGGACCGUUUUGUAUCAUCGUUAUCUUCUUCAUACAAAAGUGAUUUCGUGUACCUCUUCCCUCGAAAAUGUUGAGAUCUUCGCUCUUACGUCAUUAAAGCAAAUGCUGCAUCGUAGCAAAUAUUCUAAAUUUCCCCUCAAAUUCUUAUUCAUAUGAGUGACAAACGCUGGACCAAACAUGCACACGUAUAAGAAAACUAGAUUCGUUGACCGUAAUCGCCCGUACUGAAGAUACAAUCCCCAGAAUGUUGCUGAGCACUUCCGCUUGGCUUGUUCAACAAGGUCAGACAAUAGCGUAGUGUGUUAUACAAUCUAUCUAUUUGUCUUUUUCAUCAACGCAAUUCGACAUUUACAAAUGGCAACGAUAUAAUGAAUGAAUAACUCGUAAACACGGCAUCGGUUGUGCUCUAAUUUCUCACUUGAAACAGGCAUAGAAAUUGCUAGAAUUAAAGUCCAAACAUGACUAACACGACUACACCCAAUCGAUUAGACAAGGAAUGUCAGCAUAUCACAUGGUGAUCAUGUACGUCCGGUUUUGCUUUAUCUUUCACUUUAUCUUCCGUUCUUUUUACAACAUUCUCCUUCUCCCCUUGCACUAACAUGAGGUUCGCUCGGGUAAUGCUUCCGGCCUGUGUUCACCGUAACGUCACGCAAGUAUUUAAUCAGGGAGAGAUUUGAGCGCCACAGCCAGAUUAGGAAACCCUCGACGGGAUUCUGCGAUCCCACACAUGAAACCGAUUGAAUCUCUGCCAACCAUUUUGUUUAUCAGCUCGUCUAAAAACGAUAUUUUACUCUUGUACACACCCGUUAAAUUCUGCGAUCCCACACAUGAAACCGGGAUUCUGCGAUCCCACACAUGAAACCGGGAUUCUGCGAUCCCACACAUGAAACCGAUUGAAUCUCUGCCAACCAUUUUGUUUAUCUUCUCGUCUAAAAACUAUAUUUUAGUCUUGUACACACCCGUUAAAUUCUGCGAUCGCAUACAUGAAUUCUGCGAUCCCACACAUGAAACCGGGAUUCUGCGAUCCCACACAUGAUACCGAUUGAAUCUCUGCCAACCAUUUUGUUUAUCUUCUCGUAUAAAAACGAUAUUUUACUCUUGUGAACACCCGUUAAAUUCUGCGAUCCCACACACGAAAUCGGGAUUCUGCGAUCCCACACAUAUGUACAUGAAAUCGGGAUUCUGCGAUCCCACACAUGAAACCGAUUGAAUCUCUGCCAACCAUUUUGUUUAUCUUCUCGUCUAAAAACGAUAUUUUACUCUUGUAAACACCCCUUAAAUUCUGCGAUCCCACACAUGAAACCGGGAUUCUGCGAUCCCACACAUGAAAUCGGGAUUCUGCGAUCCCACACAUGAAACCGAUUGAAUCUCUGCCAACCAUUUUGUUUAUCAGCUCGUCUAAAAACGAUAUUUUAGUCUUGUAAACACCCGUUGAAUUCUGCGAUCCCACACAUGAAACCGGGAUUCUGCGAUCCCACACAUGAAACCGAUUGAAUCUCUGCCAACCAUUUUCUUUAUCUUGCCGCCUAAAAACGAUAUUUUACUCUUGUACACACCCGUUAAGCAAUGCUUUUUGUAUCGAAAUGCCAUUACUGUACAUGUACUUUAAAAGAUAUGGUGCGUAUGUUAACUACAUCGAUAUAUCGAGAAUGCCACGCAUAGCCCAAAGUGCCAAUUUUUCACCAAAUCGAAUCAAAGUGUGGUACAAAAGAAGGAUGUAGAAUGGAUCAAUAGGAUUAAAAAGCCUCUAUUGUACCCAUCCGACAGUACGUUUUGUCGGCGCCAGGAAAUAUUGUUACCAGUUCAUGUGACAGCAAUAAAGUCUGAGACG